GCGGGGAGCGGGCCGGGGGCGGGAGCUGGGGCGACCCGCGUCCGGACCCUCCGCGGGGGCCCCGCGCGCGAGCCCCGAGAGGCCGCCGCCCCGCAGAGCAAUCCCGCGCGGGCCCCGGACACAUGCGCGGCCUCCGGCGUGCGGGGAGGGCGGCGGCCGCGGCUCUGGGAGGCCUCGUGCGGACCCCGGCGCACCCCUGGGCGCCCCCCGCGCCUCGCGCAGGCGUUGAGGGAGUCUGGCUGCAGUGUUCUCCGUCCACCUUCUGUCUAGAAGACACUUCACCUCGAACCAUGAAUCUCGACAUUCAGUGUCAGCAGCUGAGUGACGCCCGGUGGACGGAGCUCCUGCCUCUGAUCCAGCAGUACCAGGUGGUCAGGUUGGACGACUGUGGCCUCACGGAGGUGCGGUGCAAGGACAUCUGCUCUGCCCUCCAGGCCAACCCCUCGCUGACCGAGCUGAGCCUUUGCACGAAUGAGCUGCACGAUGCCGGGGUGCGGCUGGUGCUCCAGGGCCUGCAGAGCCCCAGCUGCAGGAUCCAGAAGCUCAGCCUCCGGAACUGCUGCCUGACGAACACCGGCUGCGAGGUCCUGCCCGACGCGCUGCGCUCCCUGCCUACCCUGCGAGAGCUGCAGCUCAGUGACAACCCGCUGGGGGACGCGGGCCUGCAGCUGCUCUGCAAAGGACUCCUGGACCCCCAGUGCCACUUGGAGAAGCUUCACCCUCUAGUCUCAUGCGCCCUGCAGCCCGGGGUGGGAGAGGAGACCCGGACGAGCUCCCUUGGCCAGAGUUCCCGACACCCACCUGUCCCCAGGCUGGAGUACUGCAACCUGACGGCCGCCAGCUGUGAGCCCCUGGCCGCAGUGCUCAGGGCCUGGAGGCACGUCAAGGAGCUUGUGGUAAGCAACAACGACAUCGGCGAGGCUGGCGUGCAGGCGCUGUGUCGGGGCCUGGUGGACUCUGCCUGCCAGCUGGAGACGCUCAAACUGGAGAACUGCGGCCUCACGCCGGCCAGCUGUAAGGACCUGUGCGGUGUCGUGGCCUCCAAGGCCUCGCUGCAGGAGCUGGACCUGGGUGACAACAAGCUGGGUGACCAGGGCAUCGCCACACUGUGCCCCGCGCUGCUGCACCCCAGCUCCCGGCUCAGGGUCCUGUGGCUCUGGGACUGUGACAUCACCACCACGGGCUGCAGAGACCUGUGCCAAGUGCUCAGGGCCAAGGAGAGCCUGAAGGAGCUGAGCCUGGCAGGCAAUGCGCUGGGGGACGAGGGUGCCCGGCUGCUGUGUGAGAGCCUGCUGGAGCCUGGAUGCCAGCUGCAGUCCCUGUGGGUGAAGUCCUGUGGCCUCACGGCCGCGUGCUGCCCCCACGUCAGCGCGAUGCUGACCCACAACAAGCACCUCGUGGAGCUGCAGAUGAGCGACAACAAGCUGGGCGACUCCGGCGUCCAGGAGCUCUGCCAGGGCCUGAGCCAGCCUAGCGCCACGCUGCGGGUGCUCUGGCUGGGGGACUGCGACGUGGCCAACGGCGGCUGCAACAGCCUGGCCUCACUCCUGGUGGUCAACCGCAGCCUGCGGGAGCUGGACCUCAGCAACAACUGCAUGGACGACCGGGGCAUCCUUCAGCUGAUGGAGAGCCUGGAGCGGCCUGACUGUGCGCUGGAGCAGCUGGUCCUGUACGACAUCUACUGGACGCAGCAGACUGAGGACCUCCUUCAGGCCCUGGGAGAACGCAAGCCGGGCCUGCGGAUUAUCUCCUGAGAGGCCUCCUGCCCCUCCCCCUCUGGACCUCCUGGCUGAGAAUGAAGAGAAGGGUUCAAAUCGAUGGACUUCUGUGGGAAAGUUUCAGACACUUUUAUUAAAGCACUUUUUUUGGCA